AUGUCAUUUGUCGAGGAUCUAUUUUCGAUCCUUUACUUCAGCAAAAUCGGAGGCAAAUUUUGGGUUUAUUCGGACUCCGUUCUUCAGAAUCUUUCUCAAUCCAUGUCGAACAUGACGUGUGACAGCAUUGAUGUAGGGUUGGAUGGAUGCCGCAAUGAGUCCUAUGCUCUCAUCCUUAAAUUAAUUGCAAUUGCCGCCAUUCUCAUUACAGGAGUGUGUGGUGUUGCAAUUCCUUUAGUCGGCAAAGAGUGCCGAUUCUUCCGCACUGAUUCGAAUUUCUUUGUUGUCGCCAAAGCCUUUGCUGCUGGUGUCAUACUCGCCACUGGCUUUGUCCACAUGUUGCCUGAUGCCACAUCAUCAUUAACCGACCCUUGUCUACCUAAAUUUCCAUGGUCAGAGUUUCCAUUUUCUGGGUUCAUAGCAAUGAUGGCUGCAUUGGCUACAUUGCUGGCUGAAUUUAUUGGGACUCAGUACUAUGCAAGGAGACAAGAGAAACAGAACCAUAGUGUUCAGGCUGAUUCAUUGGAUUUGAUCUCUGAAUCCAGCAUCGUUCCAGUGGAGAGAAGGGAGGGUGACGAAACGGUGUUUGGAGAAGAGGAAGGGGGUGCAAUGCACAUUGUUGGGAUGCAUGCGCAUGUGGCACAUCAUAGACACAGCCACUCCCAAGAAAAGGGGGCGUGCGAAGGUCAUUCAAGUUCUCAUGGCCAUUCGCACUCGCAUGGGAUUGGUGGUGGAGAUGAGGAUGGUGGUGUGCGUCACGUUGUUGUUUCACAGGUUCUGGAACUAGGGAUAGUAUCGCACUCGAUUAUCAUUGGACUUUCUCUUGGAGUUUCACAUAGUCCAUGCACAAUUAGACCUUUGAUUGGGGCAUUAUCAUUCCAUCAGUUCUUUGAAGGGAUUGCUGUUUCUUCAAGUUACAACCCUAAGAGCUCUAGAGCUUUGGUCGUUGAAGGUAUUUUCGAUUCAAUAUCAGCUGGAAUUUUGGUGUACAUGGCACUCGUGGAUCUGAUUGCAGCCGAUCUGUUGAGUAAGAAAAUGAGCUGCAAAGUGAGGCUUCAGUUGCUGAAAAACGAUCCUAUCCUAUUUCAGUUUUGCGGUGUUGAUGUAACUUAUCAAAGAAAACCUUUCAGAAAAAGAACAUUCAUUGCUGAAAAACGAUCCUAUCCUAUUUCAGUUUUGCGGUGUUGA